CACACAGCGCGUGACGGCGACUGCGGACCCCGCGCGCGCGCUCCCACACCCUCCUGUUCCUGUUUGUUAGCGGAGCUCCGCAGAUCCAUGGCAGCCGGGUUCGAUUGGCGCUGCCUGCCGCUCGGAGUAGCGCGGCCGUGGCCGUGGGCUGCCCGUCCGCUCCGCCGGGGCUUUGUCACCCUCGCACGCUGAGCGCAGCGAGCCCGAGCAGCGCGCCGCCGAGCCCAGCAUGGCUUCGGGGGACCUGUACGAGGUUGAGCGAAUAGUAGCCAAACGGAGGAACAAAAGAGGGAGGCUGGAGUACCUGAUCCGUUGGAAGGGCUACGGCCCAAGCGAGGACACGUGGGAGCCGCGCCGCCACCUCCUCCACUGCGAGGAGUUCAUACACCAAUUCAAUAGGUCCCGGCACCACGGCGACAGGCAUCCCGCGCCAGGCAAACACGGCAGCCACCAGGGAGCAGAGCGGGUCGACCCGGACCGCAAGAGAAAUGCCGGCUUGCGGAAGCAGAAGCGGGCCAGCGGUAGCAAGCCGUCCGGCUCCAGAGCCAAGAACGCUGCCGGCGGGCUCCAGCUGGCAUCUAUGGAGACGCAUGCCAGGUGGCAGAACGGUGACGUGACCCGGCCAGACUGCGAGGCGGCCGAUGGAGUACCUCCGACCACGGUCGGCAGCACCGCAGACCCUCGGCCGGCAGCUGAAGAUGUUCGAGAGAUACCGCCGAAGCAAGAACCGGGGUGCGCUCUGGCCAACGGGGGCAGCGAUGCGCAAAGUUCAUCGAAGCGGAAGGCGGAGGAGGAGAGGAGCUUCGUUUUCGACAAGAGGCUGAGGUACAGCGUUCGCCAUCCCGAGGGCAACGGUCGAUUUCGGGACAUCGUGGUCAGAAAGGAGGAAGGCUUCACCCACAUACUGCUGUCGACCCAAACAUCGGACAAUAACGCUCUGACUCCGGAGAUCAUGAAGGAGGUGAGCAGGGCGCUGGGCAACGCGGCUGCGGACGACAGCAAGCUGCUGCUGCUCAGCGCCGUGGGCAGCGUGUUCUGCAGCGGACUGGACCACUCGUACCUCAUAGGGAGGCUGACCACAGACCGCAGGAAGGAGAGCGUGAGGAUCGCAGAGUCCAUUCGGGACUUCGUGAAGGCGUUCAUUCAGUUCAAGAAGCCCAUCGUGGUGGCCGUCAACGGACCGGCUCUGGGCCUGGGGGCCUCCAUCCUGCCCCUGUGCGACAUCGUGUGGGCCAGUGAGAAGGCCUGGUUCCAGACCCCUUACGCCACCUUCUGCCUCACCCCCACCGGCUGUUCGUCCUACACCUUUCCUCAGAUCUUGGGUGUUGCUCUGGCCAACGACUUGCUCUUCUGCGGGAGGAAGCUAACGGCGCAGGAGGCCUGCAGCAGGGGCUUGGUGUCCCAGGUCUUCUGGCCGAACACCUUCGCCCAGGAGCUGAUGCUGCGCGUGAAGGAAAUGGCCACGACCAAUGCAGCGGUUUUGGAAGAGUCCAAGCUCCUGGUGCGCAGCUUUCUCACCUCUGUGCUGGAAGAGGUUAAUGAGAGGGAGUGCCAGAUGCUGAAGCAGUUAUGGAGCACCACCAAAGGCCUGGACUCCCUCUUCACCUACCUGCAGGACAAGAUGUGCCCCCUGUGAGCCGGGCACCGGCCCCUUAAACCACACCUUGUUUCCCAUCAGAAUCCUGUGUUUGUGUCACCUGUGGGACCUGCGGUUUGGAGCCCUCGUCCGGAGCCUCCGAGCUCUCGGCGCGUGCGUCUCGUCUCUUCGCGCCCUGGCACCGCUGCAGGUGCCCCACGGCAACCGACUCUUUUGUGACCGGUUGGUCGGCCAGGAUGCAGAUGAGAGAACCGAGUGGCGACAGGGCGUAGUUUCCAUGGAGAUCUGUGGAAAGGGUGAUGUCAUCAUCCUGGAGGGUCCAUCAUCAACACCACUUGCUGAGAUCUGUCUCUUUCCCUCUCUCUGCAUCACAGCAGUCCUUCCACCAAGACCUUUCACAUAAUACUCUGGAAUAUUUAUUUAAUCGUACAUGUGUCCAAGCUGUACAACAUUACUGAAUUUCUCAUAUUUUCUGAUUAUACCUUAAUUUGUUUCUGUCACUCUAUGACGUAUUGUAUUGUACAGUGGAGGGCUUAAUGUUUUACCAGCACAUUCCUUUUUAGGGACAAAGUUGAUGCUUAGAUGAGCGGUUUGAGAUUAAUUUGUUUAUUAAAUGUUUAUGAUGUUUCACGAUUUAAAGAAGCGCAAAGUACUGGUCCACUGGGUAGUGUUAGCACCCCGAGGGUUCGGAUCCAUCCGCGGGUCUUUGUGUUAGAGUGACGUGUGUCAAGUGAACUGGGAACUCCGCUCUAUCUGCAGUGUAUCCCUGUGUGUCUUCGUGUCUUUGUGUCUCUGCUCUGCAACACCCCAUGGGGUACCCUAUCUUUUGCCCUCGGCUUCUGAGGCUGGACAGUUCGGUGUGUGUGUGUGCGUGUGAGAGAGAUAGACACACACACACACACAACCUGCAAAGCUGAGUAAAAUUGAAUUUUAGAAAUUAGGCAGAGAAGAAAAGGGAAAUGAGGGGCAAUGUAUGACCUGCUGCAUGUAAACACUGAGAGCUGCGUCCCAGUCCUGCUGUGUCUUGUCCUCCGUCACGCAGAUCACAGUGCUUCAGGAGUAUGUUAAGAGGACAUCCACUGGCAGUCCUCUAUGGACAGAAGUGUAUAGAAUAAUUUUUGUGGUUAUACAUUGUUUAUUUUAUUAUGUAUAAAAUGAACAGUUAUAUAUCUUACAUGUAUAAGAUGGAAAUGCUAUCUGAAAAUUACACUGAUUUAAAGCCCUAGAAUAAAUGAGCGUGAAGUCAUGAAUUGAGCCAUAAUGACUGGGAGGAAGGAGUAACGUGGUACUGAGCAGGACAGCACAAGGUUGCAUAUGUUCAGUCUGUUCAUGAAAUGUUGACCUGUAGACUGUCCUUCAUUAGCCUGUGAACUACGAGACGGGUGUAUCAUGUCGGAGCAUGGUGGCUCCUGGGGAAGCACAGUCUGUGCUCACCUUGUUAAUGAACUCAGUCUUUUUGUCCCAACUGUGAAAAAGGUAUUUUUUUGUGACCCCCCCGUUUUUUUCUUAAUUUGCACUGUAUAGUUUUCAGUUGCACUCAUCUACAUACAGAAUUAUAUAAACUGAGUAUAAAAAGACGUUAUGGCUCUGCAAAGUAACUGAAAUGUUUUGUCAUUUAAUUUGUUGCUUUUGAUUUGCCAGAAGGUUUUUGAGUCAUGCAAGUGAUUUAGCAGGAUGUUUCCCUCCUUUGUAAUUAGCAGACUCAUUUUAUUUAUAUGCUUUUGUAAUUUAUUCAGUGGAGUUUUGAACAUGGCAAUUCUAAUUGUAAUGAUAGGCUUAAUAGUACUGAAACAGAUU